AUGAUACAGUCCUGUAAACAAAAAAGGGAUGCAUCAGUUGCAGACUUUCGAUUUUGCUUAGAAGAAAUAUUUAGAGAGCGUUUUGGUCUCCGGGACCGCGAAGCCGUGCCCCUUAAAUCAAAAGUCUUAAAGGACCUCCGAAAUAAUCUUAUUAGUAGUAUAGAUCCAGGCGCCUUUUGGGGACUUUCAUCGCUAAAAAGAUUGGAUCUGACUAACAAUCGAAUAGGAUGUCUGAAUGCAGACAUAUUUCGAGGACUCGCCAAUCUGGUUAGGCUAAACCUUUCAGGGAAUUUGUUUUCUUCAUUGUCUCAAGGAACUUUUGAUUAUCUUGGCUCAUUACGGUCUUUAGAAUUUCAGACUGAGUAUCUUUUGUGUGAUUGUAACAUAUUGUGGAUGCAUCGCUGGGUGAAGGAGAGAAACAUCACCGUUCGGGACACGCGCUGUGUUUAUCCAAAGGCUCUUCAGGCCCAGCCAGUCACGGGGGUGAGGCAAGAGUUGCUGACAUGCGACCCACCCCUUGAAUUACCAUCUUUCUACAUGACUCCAUCUCAUCGUCAAGUUGUGUUUGAAGGAGACAGCCUCCCCUUCCAGUGUAUGGCUUCAUAUAUUGAUCAGGAUAUGCAAGUGUUAUGGUAUCAGGAUGGACGAAUAGUUGAAACUGAUGAAUCACAAGGUAUCUUUGUUGAAAAGAACAUGAUUCACAACUGCUCGUUGAUUGCAAGUGCCCUAACCAUUUCUAAUAUUCAGGCUGGAUCGACUGGAAAUUGGGGCUGUCACGUCCAGACCAAACGCGGGAACAAUACAAGAACUGUCGAUAUCGUGGUAUUAGAAAGCUCUGCACAGUAUUGUCCUCCCGAGAGGGUGGUAAACAAUAAAGGGGAUUUCAGAUGGCCCAGAACGUUAGCAGGCAUUACGGCGUACCUUCAGUGCACUCGGAAUACCCACGGCAGUGGGAUCUAUCCCGGAAACCCACAGGAUGAGAGGAAGGCUUGGCGCAGAUGCGAUAGAGGGGGCUUCUGGGCGGAUGAUGAUUAUUCUCGCUGCCAGUAUGCAAACGAUGUCACUAGGGUGCUUUAUAUGUUUAAUCAGAUGCCUCUCAAUCUUACGAAUGCUGUGGCCACAGCCCGACAGUUACUGGCUUAUACCGUGGAAGCCGCCAAUUUUUCUGACAAGAUGGAUGUUAUAUUUGUGGCUGAAAUGAUAGAAAAAUUUGGAAGAUUUACCAAAGAGGAAAAGUCCAAAGAGCUAGGUGAUGUGAUGGUCGACAUCGCAAGUAACAUCAUGUUGGCUGAUGAGCGUGUCCUUGGGUUGGCACAGAGGGAAGCGAAGGCCUGCAGUAGAAUUGUUCAGUGUCUGCAGCGCAUCGCUACGUACCGAUUAGCAAACGGAGCUCAUGUUUAUUCAACAUAUUCACCCAAUAUUGCUCUGGAAGCUUAUGUCAUCAAGGCGGUGGGCUUCACUGGGAUGACGUGCACCGUGUUCCAGAAGGUAGCAGCCGCUGACCGGACAGGCCUUUCCGAGUAUGGGAGGCGGGACCCGGACGGAAACCUGGAUAAGCAGCUGAGCUUUAAGUGCAAUGUUUCAAAUACGUUUUCAAGUCUGGCACUAAAGAAUACUAUCGUCGAGGCUUCUAUUCAGCUUCCUCCUUCCCUUUUCUCACCAAAGCAAAAAAGGGAAGUCAGACCCACUGAUGACUCUCUCUAUAAGCUUCAACUCAUCGCAUUCCGCAACGGAAAGCUUUUCCCAGCCACCGGGAAUUCAACAAAUUUGGCUGACGAUGGAAAACGGCGUACGGUGGUUACCCCUGUGAUUCUCACCAAAAUAGAUGGUGUGAAUGUGGAUACCCACCACAUCCCUGUUAAUGUGACACUGCGUCGAAUCGCGCACGGAGCAGAUGCCGUGGCUGCCCAGUGGGAUUUCGAUUUGCUGAAUGGACAAGGAGGCUGGAAGUCAGAUGGGUGCCAUAUACUCUACUCGGAUGAAAAUAUCACCACCAUUCAGUGCUAUUCCCUUAGUAACUAUGCAGUUUUAAUGGUUGGAAUAAUUCUUCAUUAUUCCACUCUUGCUACAGUACUAUGGGUUGGAGUGACAGCUCGAAAUAUCUAUAAACAAGUCACUAAAAAGGCGAAAAGAUGCCAGGAUCCCGAUGAACUGCCGCCUCCUCCAAGACCGAUGCUCAGGUUUUACCUGAUCGGAGGUGGCAUACCCAUCAUAGUUUGUGGCAUAACAGCCGCAGCCAACAUCAAGAAUUAUGGCAGUCGGCCAAAUGCACCCUAUUGCUGGAUGGCCUGGGAGCCCUCCUUGGGAGCCUUCUACGGGCCUGCCAGCUUCAUCACUUUCGUAAACUGUGUGUACUUUCUAAGCAUAUUUAUUCAGUUGAAAAGACACCCCGAGCGCAGAUAUGAGCUGAAGGAGCCCACCGAGGCACAGCAGCGGUUGACGGCCAAUGGAAACGGCGAAGUGCAUCCUCAGGACUCACUGUCUCUGUCUCUGAUCUCGACGUCAGCGUUGGAAAAUGAACACACUUUCCAUUCUCAACUUUUGGGGGCCAGUCUUACCUUGCUCUUAUAUGUCGCCUUGUGGAUGUUUGGGGCCUUGGCCGUUUCCUUGUAUUACCCCCUGGACUUGGUGUUUAGCUUCUUUUUUGGAGCUACGUGUUUAAGCCUCAGUGCCUUCAUCGUGGUUCACCACUGCGUUAACAGGGAGGACGUUAGACUCGCGUGGCUCAUGACUUGCUGCCCCGGCCGGAGCUCGUACUCCGUGCAGGUUGACGUGCAGCCCCCCAACUCCAGCGGCACGAACGGAGAGGCCCCGAAGUGCACCAGCAGCAGCGCUGAAUCCUCAUGCACCAACAAGAGUACAUCGAGCUUCAAGAAUUCCUCCCAGGGCUGCAAAUUAACAAACUUGCAGGCUGCUGCAGCUCAGUGCCACACCAACCCUCUGCCCUUGAACUCCACACCUCAGCUCGAUAAUAGUCUGACAGAACAUUCGAUGGACAAUGACAUCAAGAUGCACGUGGCGCCUUUAGAAGUUCAGUUUCGCCCAAACGUGCACCCGGGCCGCCAUCAUAAAAACAGAAGUAAAGGACACCGGGCAAGCCGGCUCGCCGUCCUCAGAGAAUAUGCCUAUGACGUCCCCACGAGCGUGGAGGGCAGUGUGCAGAACGGCUUCCCUAAGAGCCGGCCGGGCAGUAAUGAAGGACACUCGAGGAGCAGAAGAGCGUAUCUAGCCUGCAGAGAGAGACAGUACAACCCGCCCCAACAGGAGAGCAGUGAUGGCUGUAGCACACUCCCCCAGAGCCCCAGAAAUUUCGAAAAGCCCGCUUCAAGCAGCAGUAAGAAAGAUGCCUUGAGGAAGCCAGUUGUAGUUGAACUUGAAAGCCAGCAGAAGUCUUACGGACUCAACUUGGCCGUCCAGAAUGGACCAAUCAAGAGCAACGGGCAGGACGGCCCCUUGCUGGGUACGGAGAGCGCUGGCAACAUUAGGACCGGGUUGUGGAAGCAUGAAACUGCCGUGUAGCCGGCGGCGGGGGCGGGGCGA